UUUUGUCUAUUGUAAGUGGUGUAUUUCUGAUGUGAGGACGGAUUGAGCUUCAAUACAAUACUGUAAGAAUAUCAAUUGACCUAAUCUUCUUAUGUAAUAUUAUUUCUCAAGCCAGUCAAGUCGGUCAACAUUCUAGCCUCUGCUGACUCUCUAGUCUAGGCCUAGCCUACAAUUUGGACUUCGAAUCAGUACAAGUACAACAGUUCAAUUCACAAUUGCCUCAAGAGUCAAUUAUAUAGGCCUACAUGCAAAUCCAAUUUAUUUAAUUAAUAAUGAUAAUAGUUCAUACAAAUCUUUAAACGGAUCUAAACUAACGCAUACUAACGGUAAUAAUAAUAAUAAUAGGAUCACUGAAGAUACGACCUAACUUAACUACACCUAAGUCUAAGUAGACUAUUCAGAGAAUUAGAGUGAAACUGCAUCUAAUAAAUUAGAGUAGUUUGAGUGACCAUAAUAAUGGAUUUAGGCAAUUUUGAUUAUUUUGAUAGCUUUUGUGUCGAUUUUGAAGUUGGUAACAGUAACACACUAUUUGAUGUGGAUAAUCUCUUAGAGGGGAAUGAUGUCAACCUGGCUUCUUACAACCUUAUAACAGAAACAGACCUCUCCCUACCUGGCUUCACAACCACAACAUCUGCAUCUAUUUCAUCUGAGGAUAUUCAGUCUAAAGAAAAAAGCAUCACAAGUUUACUAGCAAAAUCUCCAUGGCAUGAGUCCGACACAAGUGACAGUGGUAUGUCAGAAACACUUAGUUCACUUGGCAGUCCACAACCUAAGACACCAUUAACAGCAAUCGUAGAAGAUUGUAAAUGUGUUGGAUCAUUAACAGGUUUCCUGGUUGAUGAAAAUAACACUGCUUACAACAAUGAACAUGUGUGUAGUAAUGGUGUUCGUAAUGGUGCUAUGGAAAAUGGAAGGUUUCUAAAUGUGUUGAGAAGUAAGAAGGCUCCAUCUCCUAAAACACUUAAUAAUGUUGGUGAAUCAGAGAAUGAAGAUUUAAAUUCAGAGGACAUGAACUUAGAUGAAGAUGAUUUAAAUCGUGUUCAUCAACAAAAGAAAUGCUCACAAAACCAUGGUGAAUUAAAAUCAUGUAAAGAAUUAAGAGUUGUCCAUGUUCAGCCCCCAAAUGGCGUAACAAAUGAUGAAAUAAUGAAAGCUCUUGAUGAAAGAUCAAAGAAAAAUGCGCAACAGGCAAAGCUAAACCGUGAGAAAAAGAAAGCAUAUAUUAAAAGUUUGGAGAUUGAUAUUGAUGUUCUAAAGACCCAGAAUGAAGGACUUAAAUCAGAAAAUACACAAAUGAAAAAUGAAAAUACCAGUUUAGCAGAUGAAAUAAAAUAUUUAAAAUCUGUACUGGCGAACGCAAGCGCUUUAUCCAAUCUUUUAGCAAAUAUCAGCAAUGUAACAGAGGUCAAGCUGUCUUCAUCAAUGAGAAAACGUAAAGCAGAGACUGACCACAAUUAUGUUCAUGAUGAACUUUCUUCAAAACAGUCAAGAAUGUCUACUACAAACAUACAUGAAAGGGCUGGCAUAUGCUUGCAUGUCUCCGGCAAUCAGGCCUCCCUGGAAUUCUGUGCGCACUGCUCAUCAAUGGCAAAAACCACUUUUUUGGCAACUUCUAAAUAAACAUCCUGAUAUAAAUUCCAUGCUCAUGUUAUUUCAAGGGUACAUUUUUCAUAACAAUGAUCCUGUACAAUUGACAAUAUGGAAAAAUAAUUCAAUCUCCAGUGACUGACAGAGAAUAUUUGAACUUUCCUUUCAUAUAGGAUCUUUUAAAACUCUGCUAAGCCCUAAAAUUAUUUAAGGUUGGGCAGAAAAGGCAGCCGGUCAAUAUGGCCAUUUUGUUUAAAUUGAGUUUCAUAAAAAAAAGAUAUGCUGAUUCCUAUGAGAAAAAGGGGCUAGCUAUUUUUUUUUUUCAUACAUGUAAUACUGUAAUUAUUUAAAAUCGUAAAUAUUUAAAUUUUCCUUAGGCUUUAAGAGAUCGAACAUGAUUAAAUUGUAAUGUUAUUGUUUGAAACUACUGAAGCUAAUUUACAUUCUCUUUAGGUACAUCUUCAUUCUUUUUAUUGUUCCAGUAGGUUGAAAUUACAAAUAUGCCUCUACCCGAUAUAAAGUUGUGUGGGGCUUCAGCAAUUUGAUUAAAUUUGGUAAGAUGAGGAAAUUGUUGUAUAUGUUUAUGUACAUAUGUAUAUAUAUUAUUUUUUUCAUCCUGAAUAUCCUCAACUGUUUUAUAACUCUGUACCAACCUAAAUUGUUGUAUUAUUGUAUAGAUAAUCAUCAAAUAGUUUAAUUAAUAUCUUCACAAAUUAUAUUUGACACAAUUUGCUCUAUUUCUUAGAAUCCUGUACUAAACCAAAUGCACAGUAUUUAUUGUCACUUGAGUUCAAAUGGUGCAUUGGAAAAAAGAAGCCCCAACAAAGUUGCAUAAACUUUUUAAAAAUGGGAUGAAAAAAAUUGGGUGAUCUACCACUUGAGCUUCAGUUAUGAAAAAAUCCUGUUGUUCCAGCUAGAAGUGCUAUUUAAAAGGUUGUUUUAUUGAUAAGAAUAAGAUGAAAAAAAUUUCUAUUCAUCCAAAAUGAUAGAAAUGUUUUUAUGACAAUAUACAUAUUCAUUUGAGCACAUAUAAACAACAUUUUUAAAAUUUAAAAAAAAAUUUAAAUAGAAAAAUUUAAACAAUUUAAUGAAUGAAAAGACAAAAAGUGUUUGAGAUUAUGCAUAGUUCUCUGCCAAGGUAACAAUGAAGUUUUAAACGCCUAAAUCUUCACAAAAACCUUAGCAGAACAUGAAAUUAUGCCACACUGUCUUUUCAAAUUGCGCAUUGUGGGCAUCCACAUUUUCAGCAUUCUGUGUGGGGACACCAGCAUCAUUUGGAUCAACAAAAUUUUGUUGAUGGGCGUCAACAGGAUAAUCUGUAUCUGAUCUGGUUUAUCCAUUCCUUGAAUCCAAUACUAUACAUGGGCCUCUAAGGAUAUAUCUCUCUAUGCACUCUUGUAAAGUGAUCGAACAAAGGUUUUGCACUUCACGGAGAAAACAGUGCUCACUCUCUCUCCACUGUACUAUUAACGAACAUCAAUAAAAGAAUAAAUGUUUAAAUAGCACAUCUAACUGGAACAAUAGGGAUUUUUUCAUAACCGAUGCUCAAGUGGUAGAUUAUCAAAAAUUGUAAUAGGCUGUCGCAUUUAUUGGCUGUUUAUUGGCUGUUUAUAUCAUUGUGUAAAAUUUCUCUUUUCCUAUCUAAACAUCACAUAUAUUUUUGUUACACAGCUCAUUUGGACUCUGAGGAAAUAGAAUGUUGGAGUGUGAAGCAUGACCAGGUCCUGUCAUGUCUUCAGUCAGUUGGUGUAAAGGGGGUGUAAGUGGGUGGAGAAGAGGAAAUGUGGAGGAAUGGUAGGUACAGUGAGCCAUGCAUGUCAACAUAAAGACUUUCACCAUUAAAAAAAAAACAACUGUUUUGAUUAAUAAGCAGCAGUAAAAUUUUAUAUUAAAACAAGUAAAGAAAAAUAAAUUGAUUACUGUUUCUCUUGUGGUGAACAAAAAUCUUUGUUGUGACAUUUUGGCAAUGACCAGUACAAUUGAAGUAUUUUGUUUAGAUUUGUUGCAAACCAAAGAUUUUUACAAUGAAAUUUCAACAACCUUAAGCUAUUUGUUCUAAAUUUGUGGCAAACUAAUUGGCUUUUAAUUAUUUCUAUCCAUGAUAUAUCAGUUUUUAUAUUUUACAAAUUUUAUCACCAAUUUUUUUAUCAUGCUUACGACAUAAUUUCAAAAGAAGGUUGGUGGAAAUCCCUCAGUGUUGUUGGAUUAUAGGAGCGGGGGG